GCAAAUAAAUACCUCUUUUGCUACCCUUUAAAUACCUCUUUUCUAAAAUAUAUUCUGCGCCCACAACCUAAGUAGCUGCCCUUUAAGUACCUCUUUUGCUACCCUUUAAUUAACUUCCUGCGGCAGAGGGUGGAAAUUAGCUUCCUGUCUAAGAGGCUCAGUCCAGGCGCCCACAUGGAAGAGGAUGGAAAUCAGCAUGCGGCAGGCGAUGGUCUGACUAGCGAAAGAGAAGAAAAACAAAACCAGUCAGCCGAAGAAGAAGGUAUUGUCGAGGAGAAUGGAGAUAAAAAUGCAGAAUCUGAUAUUGAACCUGACGAUGAAAUCAUCGAAGAUGAAGAGACUGAAGUUCUGAAAAAUCUUACGGCCGAGGACGUUAUUGGUCGAAAGUUCAACAGUACUGAGGAGGCUUACGAUUUCUACAAUAAGUAUGCAAGAGCUUGGGGUUUUUCGGUGAGACGUGAGAAGAAGACUGAAACAAAAAAGGGGGAAACAACUUCUCGACUUUUUGUCUGUUCUUGUGCGGGGACAAAACGCAAAAGUAAAGACGAGCUACAACGACCUUCACGAUUAAAUACAAGAUUUCAGUGUAAAGCUAGGCUGCGUGUUCAGCUGGACAAGUCAGAUUCAAAGUACAUUGUUGACACUUUCUACAUCGACCAUACCCAUAAUCCUAUUCGUCAAAAGUUGGUGCAUCAUAUGAGAUCACAUCGAGGCUUAGAUGAAGCGACUAAAGCUAAAGUUAGAUACCAACGUGAUGCAGGUAUGAAAACCGCUGACAUCAUGAAUCAGCAUGUGCACCAGGCUGGAGGCUAUGACAAAGUGGGACACACCAAAAAAGAUUUACAUAAUUUUGCCUCUAAAGAUCGUGGGGAAAGGAUUAGCGAGGGAGAUGCUGCCACGGCACUCGCAUACCUUAAGUCUAAAAUCAGCGGAGACAACCACUUCGUUUUGGAACCUAUUUUUGAUGAAGAUAAGCGACUUCAUAGCAUAUUUUGGGCAGACAGCAUGAGCGUAGCAGAUAUGGCGUGCUUUGGAGAUUUGCUAGCAUUUGACAGCACGUACAAGAAGAAUGUUUAUAACAUGCCUCUAGUUGUUUUCUCAGGUGCACAUUUCUACCUUAUCGUUACUACAUUCAUUGAUGAAAUUAUCGUUCUGCUCUAUUUUUGGUAUAUCCGUUGUACUUAGUUUGCUGUCUAUUAAAAUAUGCAAUUGGAUUCUAUGUUUUUAAUGUACAAGCAAAACUAAGUCUUUUGCUACUGUAGUAAAGUAUGGCAGUGCAGAAUUUUUCCUCAAAACCAGCUGCUUUCAACAAAAUUUCAUUAGCUUUCGCUAAAAACACUUGUCUUUUGUUCAAGUUUUGUAAUAAUUUGCUCGCUAAUUUGUUUCCCUAGUCCGACCAAUCUGUUUGCUCACUAAUAAUUCAGCAACUUCUCAAUUUGGUAUUCAACUUACAUACAUUGGUUUUGGCACUAGGUAUCAAUCACCACAAAAAGAGUUGUAUAUUUGGAUGUGCUCUGCUAGCUAACGAGACUGAGGAAAGUUAUGACUGGGUGCUAGGGGUACUGAAGGAAGCAAUGGGGGACAAAGAACCUCGUACAGUUGUAACAGAUGGCGACAAAGCAAUGCGCAAUGCCAUUCAGAAAGUCUUUCCAGACGCAACUCAUCGUUUGUGUUCAUGGCAUAUUGCCAAGAAUAUUGUGAGUCGUUUCAAAAACCACAAAGAGUUCGAACCUGAAUGGCAGAAGUUUGUAUAUGCUGAUUAUGAGUAUGAUGAAUUUGAAGAAAAAUGGGCAGCAAUGGUGGAAAAGUUGUCGCUUCAUAAUUCUAAAUGGGUAUCGGAUUUAUUUGGAAGGCGAGGGGAAUGGGCUUACACGUACCUACGGACUUACUUCUUUGCAGGAUUGUCAACAACGUCAGUUUGUGAAGGACUUAACUCACAUCUUGCAAGGUUUGUAACUGAGGACCACAAUCUACUCGAGUUUUUUAUCCAUUUUGAUCGUUGGAUAAAAGAACUAAGGGAAACUGAGGUGAAAUUAGAUUUUCAAUCCAGCUUUGGUUUACCCGAGAUAAAACAUACAGCCUUGAGGACUCUUGAAGAGAGUGCUGCUAGGGAAUUCACCAAUAAGAUAUUUGGAAAAUUUCGAAAAGAGCUAGGCAAAGUUGAGGGUAUCAGGAAGAGAAAUGUUGAGAUAAAUGAAGUGUGGCACAAUUACCAGGUGACGUUGUUUGGCACAGAAAAGAUGUUCAAUGUCAGUUUUGAUGUUGAAACCAAGAAGAUGAAGUGCAGUUGUGCUAAAUUUGACUACAUGGGAAUUCCAUGUUGCCAUAUGCUCUCUGUGCUAAAGGAAGAGAACAUACCGACAGUGCCACAAACUUUGGUAUUAAAAAGAUGGACAAAGAAUCCAAAGACAAUAGACGACAUGCAAGAGCAACAGAGUAUCGAUGAUCCUAGUCUAUUCAGUGUUAGGUACGGGAUGCUGCAGUACAGCAACUUUCGCUUUUGCUUUCUAGGGGCAAAUUCAUCCGCAACUUAUAGGUUUGCACAAAAAGGAAUGGAUAAUUUGUGUGACCAGUUAGCGACGAUGCAACAAAAUCCUAUUGAGGGAGGCACGAUCCCUAUACCAGAGGAAUAUAAAGGAGUAUUAGACCCAUUGAAGGUGCCAUAUAAAGGUGGUAAAACUGGAAAAGGAAAGUCUUCUGGUAAACAGAAACGAAAGUGCGGUAAGUGCGGACGAGAUGGCCAUUACCAAAGCACUUGUACUAAUUCUCCCAGCAACUCACAUGAUGAUGAGCCAACUAACCAACCGGUAAAGGUAAAUUUUCUGGACAAAUCUUGUGUAUUUAAUUAGUUAAUAACCAUUUAUUCUUCUAUAAGUAUGGCACUAAAACCUAACUUUUUGUUAACGUAGAAGAAGCCAAAAAAUAGUGCUACCAAGCAGGAUGAAAGUCAGCCCGAUAACAACAAUCCUGGCCAAAGAAAGGAAGCAGAAGAUG